UGGACCCACUUUCUGUAAAUAUAAAGAGGAGGAAGAGUUGCAGCCAAAAUCCCUCAAGCCCCGAAGCCUCUAUAAAGUCAUACUUCUUUGAUCUGUAGCUUUCCCCUCUCUUUCUCUCUCGGGCCAGAGAGAGAAUCUGAUUGACCUUCUGCGAGGGAUGGCAACCCAGGGAGAAGAAUCUACCCCCACUCCUCAAGUUGUGGGGAAUGCCUUUGUUGAGCAGUACUACAAUCUACUGUCGAAAUCCCCAGAGGUGGUUCACAAAUUUUACCAGGAUUCUAGUGUGAUUAGUCGGCCAGAUUUUGAUGGUUUUAUGUCAUCUGCCUCAACUUUGGAUGGCAUUGACAAGAUGAUCCUUUCCCUUGACUAUAAGGAUUGUGUGGUUGAGAUAUUGACAACUGAUGCUCAAGAGUCAUUUGGGGAUGGGGUGAUUGUUUUGGUGACUGGUUUCUUUACUGGGAAGGACAAUAUCAGGCGCAAGUUUACACAAUUAUUCUUUUUGGCUCCACAAGACAGUCAUGUCUACUUUGUUUUAAAUGAUAUUUUUAGGUAUGUGGAUGAAGAAGUAAUGCCCAUUAAAAUCAAUGAUGAAGAUGAAGAUUCUCCGGCUGCUCCUGUCACACCAGAUCCUGAGCCAACUCUGGAUUCCAAUCAUUCUUUGAUGGAUCAUGCAGCUCCUCAUUUGGAGGAGGAUAUUGUUCAAGAUGAGGAAUCUGUACUUCCACUGGACAAUGGAAAGAUUUCUACCGAUGAUGAAGUUGUUUCUAGUCCAUCCGUUGUUAUACAUCAGAAUGAUGUUCCCCCAGCUUCAGUCCAAAGUGAUUCUUGCUCAAUUUCAGAGGCAACUUUUUCUAAUGCCCAUGAGGAUCUUCCAAAGAAAUCAUACGCUUCUGUUGCUAAUGCAUUGAAUUAUAAGAAGCAACCAUUCCAACAAAGGAUUUUACCUGCCAAACCUAUAGAACAUUUGUGUGCAACGGUGGUGCCUGAAGUAUCCCCACCUCCAGCUAAUAACAAAUCUGUGGAAAAGAACAGUGUCGAUUCAGUUAAGGGUUACUCCAUCUUUGUUGCCAAUUUGCCCAUGAAUGCAACUGUUGAGCAACUUGUAGAGACUUUUGAGAAAUUUGGGCCUAUUAAACCUAAUGGUGUUCAAGUCAGAAGCUACAAGCAAGAAAAGAAUUGUUUUGGCUUUGUGGAAUUUGAAUCUGCUAGUUCUAUGCAGAGUGCACUUGAGGUUUCCUCUAUCAAGAUUGGUGACCGACUAGCUCAUAUUGAGGAAAAAAAAGCCAAUAAUGAAGGUGGGAAAUUCCCAUCUAGAAAGGGUGGUUUCCGAAGUGACAGUUUCAGGAACCGAGGUCGUGGCUAUGGGAGGAAUGAGUUUGACAAUCAAGUUGGAUCAUCUGGUCAAUCUCGUGGUACUGCUAGACGCAAUGGAGAAGGUAACAAGAAAAUUUAUCAGAAUGGGGGAGGAAGAGUUGCUGGACAGGGACAGACUCAAGCACAGGCUCAAUCUCAAUCUCAAUCUCAAGCUCAAGCUCAAUCUGCGGGUGGGAAGAACUAGUUUGCUGCUUUCUGCUGGAAUUUUGUUUACUAUAAAUUUUUCCUUGAUUUUUCAGAUUGGUAAGUAUUUGGGAAAUCGGAUUGCAGCUUUUAAAGUUUUCCCCUACACAAUUUAUAGUGCUUUUUUAAGCAUUGCACUCUGUUUAAAGCAGAACAGAAUAUGCAAGCAUCUUUAGAAAGAUUUUUUUUUUUUUUUUUGGUUUUUGGGUUAAAGUAUCAGCAUCCAACACAAUGCUAUAUUAAUGGUGUGUUCUUCAAAUGUUCGCUGAAACUCUGUACUUGAAUCAUAAUUAUUUCAACCAUUAUUCCAACAGAACACCAUAUUCUAUAUAAUUCUAAUUUUUAUUUUA